GGCUGCGAAGCAAACACCAUACGACUGUGGGAGAAAAGAUUUAAAAGAAGCAAGCGCCCAGGCUACAAUUGUAUCCAGGGCCUCCGAUUUUACCUCAAAAUGACGGAUGUAGUCUUUCUCCAGAACAUUUCUCUAAGUGCAACGAUCGGCAAGGAUUGCUGGCACCGGGACAAAGCCCAGCCGGUCCUCAUCUCAUUCCGACUUUUCACCAACACCACUCUCGCGGGCGAAACCGACGACGUCGUCAACACUAUUAAUUAUGGGACCGUGUACAAGGCAAUUGCAGAUGCCUUGACGAACGCUACGUAUGCCACUCUGGAUGACUUCACCGAAACGGCCUGCCGGGUCGCUCUCGAGGCUGGGGGAGGAGAGCAUGUCGUUGGCACCGUUCGCCUUCCCAAGGCCCUGUUGCAGGCUGAAGCUUACGGAGGUGGAGUUGUCUGCGAAACAGAGAUGCAGAAAGGGAAAAGCGUAACCUCGAAGAUUCUUUCGGUGGAUAACCUGCGCCUUCCUACCCUCAUCGGCGUCAAUCCACACGAACGAGAAGACAAACAGCUCGUUGCGGUCCACCUCACGCUGCACGAUGCUGAGACGCCCGAGGUCACCGAUUAUCAGAAGACCUUCCACCCAGUCUGUCAGCAUGUUCAGGAUGCUUCCUAUAAGACCCUCGAGGCGCUCGUCAUGGCCCUUGCCAAACUCCUGACCGUAGAUAUGGGCUACAACAAGGUUUCCGUGAGCGUUGGAAAGCCGAACGCAUACGGCUUAGUGCAAUACCCAGGGGUCAAGGUGACUAGGUCGCUGUCCGACUUCGCAAAUCGGGGAAACAGCAAUGGGGUACGUGAGGAAUAGACCAGGGGUGUUUCUAGCUCCGUCGAAAUCAGAUCUUUCGUCUGAGGCACUUGCUUUGGUGCGGUACAGCCUUGACUGCAGUCAAAUCAGCCAAUUGUGCGCUCUCUGUGCC